AUGUUUCGUGUCGGUCGCCAUCAAUCACUCGAGAUGUCAGCCGGCGUCUUCAAGCCCGGCGCGAUCGUCUGGAACUCGGGCGAGGGAGAGGACGGCGAUUUAGUAUUCGAAGAUGCCUUGAACGAAGCACUGCACCGUACCAGGGAAAAGCGAAGUCCCCAAUGGGGAUGGCCGUGGGGUAAUGUGAACGACGACCCGUCGACGACGACCACGACGACCACGGCGCAAAAUCGUCAAGGCAGGUUCUCGGAUGACGAGGACUACGAUCUCGAGGGAUCGGGUCAUCACGGAGAUUUGGAGGGAAGUGGGGACCUACCUGACACCUUUGUUCCAGAACUGAAAUCAUAUCGGUUUGAGCUGCUAGUCAAUCAACAGUACACCGUAUCACUGUCGGACCAAGAAAGCUCGGAAUUUCGUCGCUUGGCCGACGAAAUGGAGUCGGCUCUUCGAGAUCUCUUCUUCUCCCUUCCGGGGAAAGCCACCUGCACUCUUCGCAGGAUCGAGAAUGUGGUGGAAGUGUCGAGCAAGAAUUAUUGUCGAGCGACGAUUGAUAUUCUGACGGGGGCGGAUAAGGAGACCCUGAGCCGAUCAGUAAGAAGUAUCGUCAGUGCCGGCGUCGUCGGUCGGUACAACGUGAAGGAGGAAAGCUCUGGUCUCAACCUCAGAGACAUUCAACCGUCACUCAGAAGCUGUGGGAACGACUUCGUCUGCGACACAGGAGAAUGCGUGUCGGUGUCACUCCGAUGCAACGGCGCGAGGGACUGCACCGACGGCAGCGAUGAAUUCGGCUGUAGCACCCUGGGUAAGUCUUGUCGUUUCGGAAACUUCCGGUUCCCAGUGCAGCAUACAUUCCAGGAAGAUGACACGCAGAACAUCGCGGAGCUGCAUUUUGGUUAUGACUGUCAUAUUGCAUGCGUCGACGUGUUCGUGGGCGGUCCGGAGUCGCCUGACGAGGGUCAGAACAAGUGUAGAGGGGAUGACCAGGUGAUCUGCGAGGACAAUGCCACUUGGAUUUGCAAUGUGCAAAAAUGCGACGGGAUUCCGGAUUGCCCCGGCGGGGAUGACGAGUUCAAUUGCCCUACACGCGUCACCCAAUUUGCAGGAUGCGGCGAGAAUCAGUUCGAGUGCGACGCGGGGAAGUGCCUGGAUCAGAGCAAGUUCUGCGACGGGAAAAAUGACUGCUUGGACGGAACCGACGAGGUCAAAUGUCCGGAUUUACCUUGCGGGGUGGAGCAAUUCACGUGCAAGGACGGGUCGUGCGUGGACGGCCGCGCUGUGUGCGACGGCGUCCGACAAUGUCAAGACGGAUCCGACGAACUUUCAUGUCAGCCAGCAUGCCAGGAUGACGAAUUCCGAUGCGGGUCCGACGGCUUUUGCCUGGACAGCAGGGGAAGAUGCAAUGGUACAGAGGAGUGUUCCGACGGGUCCGACGAACGCGGCUGCGCCUGUGGUACGGGUCAGUUCACUUGCAAGGACGCGACGUGCAUCCAGGCCUCUCGCAAAUGCGAUAAGUUCCCCGACUGCCCCGACGGAUCCGACGAAUUCAAUUGCGAAUGUGAGGAGGAUGAAUUCACGUGCGGGGAUGGGACUUGCAUUCCGGAGAUCGCCAAAUGCGAUUCCAUCGUCGAUUGUCCCGACGGUUCCGACGAAAAAGGAUGCCCAUGCAGAGACUCGGAGUUUACAUGUGAAGGUGAUAGAUCUUGCAUCCAGAAAUCCUUGCGAUGCGACGGGAAACCGGACUGUUCGGACGGUUCGGACGAAAAAGGCUGCCCGUGUCGCGACGAAGAGUUUUUGUGUCGGAACGGGGAGUGCGUGGACGCAGACGCGUAUUGCGACGGCAGGAAGGACUGCUCGGACGGAUCCGACGAACUGGACUGCCAUACAGGGGUGUCGUGCGGACAACAGGAAUUUACUUGUUCCGAUCGGGUUUGCAUCCCGUUGACCCAGAGAUGCGAUGGGAAAAGCGAUUGCAACGACGGAUCUGACGAAGUUGGAUGCCCUCAGGCAUGCCGCGAAGAUCAGUUUAAGUGCAAGAACAAGUGCAUCGAUUUGAGUCUGAGGUGCAAUUCGGUCAUCAACUGCAUCGACGGAUCCGACGAACUCGGAUGCCCGUGUGCGGAGGGGAAGUUCACGUGCGGGAACGGGGCGUGCAUCGACGCGGAUCGGCGCUGCGACACCGUCGAGGACUGCGAGGACGGGUCCGACGAGGUCGAUUGUAAAGUCGCAUGUCGCGACGAUGAGUUUAUGUGUUGGAGCGGGGAAUGUGUGGAAGCAGACGCUCAUUGCGACGGCAAGAAGGACUGCUCGGACGGGUUCGAUGAACUGUACUGCCCCUGUAGCGACGAAGAGUUUAUGUGUUGGAGCAGGGAAUGUGUGGAAGCAGACGCGUAUUGCGACGGGAAGAAGGACUGCUCGGACGGAUCCGACGAACUGUACUGC